UUAUAAAGUUUAUACGUAAGAAAUUCAAGUAUUACAAAGGAAGGUAAUUUCACAAUAUCGAAAUACUGGAAAAUAUAAAAAACUUAAAAUAUUAUUAAUUUUAAAUAUUUAAAAACUUAAAAAUAAUCGAAAAGUGAUGAAUUUUAAAUUUAAAAAUGAUAAACGCAUAAAAACUAAAGUGAUUUCCGAUUUUAUCAAAGAACUUAAAUCAAAAAAACUCAUGUCUUGACGGAAUUGACAACAGCAGAGUCAAUUAUUUAACAAAAAAAAAACUAAUGAGGAAAAAAAGAAAAUAAAAGUUUGCAAAAAAACCAAAAAGAGAGAAAAAAACAAUCAAGUUUGAAUAUUUCAAGUUAUAAAAAGAUUUAAAUAUUUCUUCAAGUAAUUAUAAUGAAAUAUUGAAAAAAAAAAAUAAAAUUUGCAAAAGUUUAUAAUUUUUUUGCAUAUUUUUGAUUUUUGCUUUAUUAUCUAUGUAAAGAAAACGAUUUUUUUUAAGAAGAAAGAAAAGAAAUUUGAAGUUUAUUUGCUUAUUUAAUGCAAAGAAAAAAGGUGAGAACAAGUUUAAAUAGUGGCUUAUUUUCUUCAUUUCAUCUUUAAAAAAUUGCAGGCACAGAAAAUCUGCAAAUAUCUUUAAAAUGGAUUCGAAAGAUAAAGAACUCAAAGAAAUAUAUCGUUCGCUAUAUGCGUACGCAAAACAUUUAGAUGAUCAAAGAAAAGCAUUAACAAAUCUAUCUGAGCUAUAUAAUCGUGACUUAGAAGAUAAACGCAUUGCUCUUAUUCAACGAUGUAUAACAUUAAUUUUUAAGGAUUUUGAUGCGAUUGGUAAAAAAUCACGUGAAAUAUUAUGGCGGAAAGGAUAUUAUGAUCAAAUUGCUAUAACUAAAAAAAAUUGGUCACGCGAUAAUAUCAAAACAGAACAUAUUGAUAAGGUUAAAAAACUUUUAUUGGAAGGUAUAUCAAACUAUAAAAAAAUUGCUUCAAAAAUGGAGGAAAUAUUUGAUUUGGACUUAAAAUUAUGGAUUGAUUUUUCUAUAAUUGAUGAUGAAGAUCAUGGAAAAUUCCAACCAUUAAAUGGAUCAUUGGUUGAUAAAACCCUUGAUUCGGUUAGUUGUGCUCUAGAUACAAUACAUUCAUCAUUCUUAGCACUUGGUGAUUUACAUCGUUAUUUUAUUGAUUUUAAAAUCGAUCAAAACUCUAAAAUUACAAGAGAAUAUACUUCGAAAUUUUAUUACGAAGCAUUUAAAAUAAAUCCGGUUAUUGGCAUAACACAAAAUCAGUUGGGUACAUUAUUUUAUGGUCGUAAUUAUGAUUUGGAUUCAAUAUACCAUUAUCUAUAUUCAUUGGUAUGCACUGUACCAUUUGAAUUAAGCGAAACAAAUGUGUUGAAACUUUUUGCUAAUCAUUCAAAUUAUUUGGAUCAGAUGGAACCAGAAAAAGUUGAUUUUAGCUUAAGAGAUUUUUAUGCAAGAUUUUUCUUUGCAAUAGAAAUUUUCUUUUUUGAUAAAGAUGUUCCAGAAUUUACAAGUUUCUGUCAUUGUGUUUUAAUUGAUUUGAAAAAAGUCUUAUGUUCAAAAACAAUUUCAAUGACCGACGAUUCAAUGUUCAAAAUUGUUUCGAUAUUAUUUUUCUGUUUAUCAAAAUUGAAAAUGAUAAAUUCACAAAAAGUUUAUGCUUUAAAUGCGUUUCUAGUGGCAGUUUGUUCAGAUUUAAUGGAUGCUUGUAUUGUUAAUAUAGAGCAGGAAAUUUUACAUAAAGCUGAACAAAAUAACAAGUUCAAAGAAAUGUACGACGAAAAAUUUAAAAAUUACGAAAUUAUUUUUAAAAAGAGUCGUGCUGAAUAUAGAACUUGGUUUGAAGCAAAAAACAAUGCAACUACUGUACAACAAAUAUAUUCCAGAGGAUCAAGUUCCUCUGGUCAGCAAGGACGAAGUCAAAAUCAGCGCUCGACAAAGGAAAGUCAACAACUACCGAACGACUCUGAAGAUAACAAACAACUUAGUAACACUGCUACUCCUGCUGGUGGAGUCAAAAGUAGUGAUGAAACAAAAGAUUCUGAUCUAAAAACUCCUCAAUCAAAUAAGAGCAAAAAACGUGGAGUGAAAUUGCGUAGACGUCGCAGAAAAAUAGCUGAAAGUGAUGUAAGCAGUUGUUAUGAUUCUGAAUCUGAUAUGAAUUCAGAUUUUAGUUCGGAAGAUGACGAUUUUGACUCUGAUUUAAGCUCAAAUUUUGAAAGUGAUUUCAGUGAAAUAGAUGAAGAUCAGUUUAUAUGCGAACCAUCAACAAGUGGUGGAAAAAAUACAAAUAAUGAUGAACUCUUAAAACUACCCAAUAAAUUUGAAUCUGGGCCUAAUAAUAUAAAAGACAAAAAAGAAACCAUGAAAUUUCAAUUAUAUGAUGACGAUGACGAUGAUGAUGUAGAUCCGAUUAUAGUUCCGGAAACUUUGUCACAAGAAAUGAAUGAGAACUUCAACUUAUUAACUCUCAAUGAAGAUUUGGAUUUUAAGUAUGAAAACAAUGAUGAAAAAAAGGUAAAUGCUAACGCGGCUUUAUCAUCAGAGUCCCCACCACAAAAAUUGAAAUAUAAAAAUAAAUAUACAAAAGUUGAUCCAAAUAUAAUAAUUGAGUUUUGUCGAAAUGAAUCCACAAUGUCUGCAUUGAAAAUUUUAUUUGAUUGGCUACGUAUAAAUCAUGAAAUUUUACUUGGAUGUUACCAUUCAAAUCCUGAAUUUAUUCAUAAAAUGAUGAAAUUGCUUAAUUUUUUCAACAUUGAUAUUUUUACUCAAAAAAUAUUUUUUGAAAAUGAAUUUAUUACAGUCGAAAAUCUUCGAGAAAAUAUUUCUGAAUUAUUUGACAAUCGCACGGCUAUACCAUUGCAAGAAGACUUAAAAUUGAAAAAUUUUGAUCUUUUCCGCAGUGUUCAAAUACCUUUAGAUUGGGAAGCAACCAUUCGUGAUAAAAUUAAUUUAGAUGAAGAAAAUUUUAUUCGAAUUUUGAAAAUGGUUGAUUUCGGAUUUUAUGUAUGCAAAUCCAAAAAAUUUAAUUACCAAUUUUGUGUGAAGUCCAGGCGUUUUACUGAAAAUGUUAAGAAGAAACGUGAAUCUAAGAAAUCCGGGCGACGUAGAGAACUGCGUCGCAGAAAUUCUAGAAACGGCCGCCGAAAUGAAGGAAGAAGUAGACGUUUCAGUGAAAGAAAAAAUGGUCAACCGCGAAAAGAGUAUACCAGUAAUGAAGAAAAAGAUACUGCUGUUGAAGAAUCAAGAGGAACAGAAGCCAAAUGCUUGAAAAAAGGGUAUUUGAGAAGUAAAGAAAAAGAAAAGGUAUCUAGCAGUGGGGCUGAUGAAGAAAAAAGCGAAAAUCAAGGAAAAGAAGAAAUGGACAAAAAGUGCGAAAUAAUGGGUAAACUUUGGUUGAAAAAUGAAGUCGAAGUUCUUGAGGAAAAAAUUCGCAAGUUACCGAAAAACUUGGUUUUGACACCAUUUGUUGUAGUCGAUUCAAAAGCAUUGGUUGAAUAUACAGGAAUCGUAAAGGAAUUAGUAAAAUGCAAAAAAUUCAUCGUUUUAAUUCCUGAUGCUGUUCUUGGUGAGCUAGAUGAUCUAAAGAAAAGAUCGGAAUCUGCUCGCAAUGUUAUUCGCUGGCUUGAAAAAGAAUUUAAAUAUGGCAAUCGUUAUUUGAGAUCUCAAAGAGAUAAUGAGAAUUUGGCCUUAUCAUUGAUAAAAGUGCCAAGAAAAUUAAAUCGUGAAGCUUCAGUUUUCUUAAAGAUUGCCCAAUUUUGCAAUUAUAUGGUUACAAAUCAUUUUAAUGGUGAUGUUGAAUUUCAGUCUAAUGCAAUAACAUUGUUAUCUGGGGACAACUUGAAUGAGAAAAAACAUAAUAAUUUCAGUUUUACUGGAAUAUUAGACGCUAUACCUGCACGUUAUGAUCAGAUUGCUAAUUUUUAUGGAAAAUUAAAAAAUAAAUGAACUACCAAAAUUCAGAUUGGGCUGAAAUUUUUUUAAAUCAAAUUCAAAACAACAUGAAUGUUUAAAAACAAAACAAAAAAAAACAAAAAUCAAUUCAAAUUAUUUUUUUGAGGGUAAAAUAAAAUGUGCGAGCAUAAAAUUUAGACCGAAUCAACAAAACAUCAUCCGUACAGUAAACUAAAUCAAGUUUUUACGAUAUUUUUGUUUAAAAAAAAAAAAACAUUUUUUUUUCUGAAUAUACGAAACAAACUAAAUGAUAUGAUCCAGGAUAUUCUCAAAAAAAAAAGACCAACAAUCAAA